CAAGAGGCAAGAGGGUGCUCAAGGGCCGGCUGUGAACGCUGAAUCAAUGCUGUGAACGUUGAAUCAAUGUUUCUCUGCGUGUGGUGCAUGUGGGUCAGUGACAAAUAAGCAUUUUUCUGGAAUCAUCUCCAUCUCCAAGUCAGUGCGGAAGAUGAAAUCUAUCAGGAGUCUUAUUGCCACGCAGUGGUCAUCUGACAUUCGUCUGGAGGGAAAAACAGCCAUUGUGACGGGUGCUAACAGCGGCAUUGGAAAAGAAACGGCCAAAGACCUCGCUAUGAGGGGGGCCCGCGUCGUGCUGGCGUGUCGGGACUUGGAGAAAGCUGAGCAGGCGGUGGCGGACAUUAUGAGAGAGGUGGAGGGGGCCAGUGUGGUGGCCAAGAAGCUGGAUCUCGCUGACACAAAGUCCAUCUGUGAAUUUGCGGAAAACAUUUACAACACUGAAAAAUCCCUGCAUUUCCUCAUCAACAAUGCUGGUGUGGCCCUAUGCCCGUACACAAAGACCUCAGAUGGCUUUGAGAUGCACUUUGGUGUAAAUCACUUAGGUCACUUCUUCCUGACUUUCCUUCUGCUGGACCUCCUGAAGCACUCUGCGCCCUCGCGGGUGAUAACCGUGUCCUCCAUGACCCACCCAAUGGGCAAGAUCAACUUCGAGGAUGUGAACAGCGAGAAGAGAUAUUUUCCCAUGGCAGCCUACACACAGAGCAAGCUGGCCAACAUCCUCUUUACCCAAGAGCUCUCCAGGAGAGUAGAGGACUUUGGGAUAACUGCGUAUGCUGUGGACCCGGGCGUGGUGAACACACAGAUAUUUAGACACAUGAGUUGGCCUCUACAGCUCUUCAUGAAGUCUAUUAGCUUCUUCCUCAAAACGCCUGAAGAGGGAUCCUACACAAGCCUCUAUUGUGCGGUCACCCCAGACCUACAGUCUGGAGGCUACAGCAGGAACUGCGCCCCGGCAGCAUGCAUUCCGGCCGCCAGUGACGACCGCACGGCCUGCAAGCUGUGGGCUCUCAGCUGCCACCUGCUGGGCAUCCGCUGGCGCUGACGAAAGACGUGAUGAAUU